AUGUCUCACAGGGAAAGCACGCCCAAAGUGAGGGAAAACACCUCAAAAUUGAAAACACAAAAAGAAACACCUCAAAAUGAAAGGAAAUCGCCUCACGCCCUCGCCCUGGGCCGGGUCCUCCCGGCCGCCAGGGGGCGCUGUGGUGCCGCUCCCCGCCGCCGCUUCCCGCCCUUUCCGCGCGCUGCGCGUGCGUUGCCGGGCGCGGGCCGGCGGGCGGCGCGCGCAUGCGCGGGCGCGCGGGCCCGGCGGCGGACGGGAAUUAAAAUGGAAGAUGAGGAGGUCGCGGAGAGCUGGGAGGAGGCGGCCGACAGCGGGGAAAUAGACAGACGGUUGGAAAAGAAGCUGAAGAUCACACAGAAGGAAAGCAGAAAGUCCAAAUCUCCUCCCAAAGUGCCCAUCGUGAUCCAGGACGACAGCCUUCCCGCGGGGCCGCCGCCGCAGAUCCGCAUCCUGAAGCGGCCCACGAGCAACGGCGUGCUGAGCAGCGCGCACCCCGCCAGCCGCCCCGCCUUCCCCGUCAAAUCGCUGGCACAGCGCGAGGCCGAGUACGCCGAGGCCAGGAAACGCAUCCUGGGCAGCGCCAGCCCCGAGGAGGAGCAGGAGAAACCCAUCCUGGACAGGCCGCCGCGGAUCUCGCAGCCCGAGGACAGCCGGCAGCCCAACAAUGUGAUCCGGCAGCCGCUGGGCCCCGAUGGCUCGCAGGGCUUCAAGCAGCGCAGAUAGAGGCGGAGGCGCCGUUCCGCCGGCACGGACACACGGACCCAGGCCUGGGGACCUCCCGGGGUGAUUUGCACUGUGACCCUUUUGCUCUGCCCACUGUGACCUUCAGCCCCACGCACUGUGACCUCCCCUCUCCACCCACUGUGAGCGGCCGUGGCGGCAGGGCUGUCCCCCCGUGCGGCCGGGGGACACGAGGGGCCGUGCCACGCUCGGCCGGGCGCAGGGAGUCGUGCGUGUCCCACUCGGGUCGGAGCGAGCGCCAGCAAUAACGUUUGUUGUACUCCAAACCUGGCAUUUAAGGAAAAGAAAAAAAAAAAAAAAACAAAACAAAACAAAAAAAAAAGAUGGGAAGCCUCCCCAGCCGCGCAUGUUGUCCUCAUCACUUCCGGAACGAGUUCUGUUUCCGAGGAUUUUAGGUUCUUUUAUUUGGUUUUCUGUUUGUUUUCUGUAUCUUGGAUCGGCGGAGUGCGUGGGAAGGGUUUGAGCCGUUUGUUUGAGUCCAGAGAGGUAGCUGAGUGUUCCAAAGGGAAUUCCAAUGGAUUUCCAUGAAUGUGAUGGCUUGGGGAUGACAAGCUCAUGUUUCUCCUUCUCCAUUUCCACUGCCAUGGAAGCGAACUCCUGGAUACCCCCAGGUACCUUGGAGUCGGACCCAGUUCACAUCCUGCUCCUGUUAAAGCUUGGCUCCGAUUCCCUGCUGGCUUUGAGGAGAAGCUUAAAACACAUCCUUUAUGGGUUCUUUUGUGUUUGGGGAGAAGGGAAUGCAGAGUGACCCCGUGCAAAUGCCUGCUGUCCGGCCAUGGAGGGCCGGGCAGUGAAGAAUUAGGGAGAUGUGAGGAGGAGGAGGAGAGGCUCCGGCGCCGCUGCGGCUCUGACGUUGGGCAGUGGGAUAUCCCGAGGGGCCGAUAUCCCGAGUGGGAUAUCCCAGCGGCGGCGCAGGGACGGUACGAGCUCUCCUGGAAUGGCAGACCUGGGAACCAGACCAGCCUUGGGGAAAGCCUGGAUGAUCCCCACAUCUCGCUGGAGGCAGCAAAGCUUCAGAGAAGGGAUCGUCCUGCUCCGGCUCCCGGGAAGAGGAUGGGGAGGCUGCUGCUCCCCAGGAACGGAGAUGUUCCCCCGUGGGUGAAGCUGAGGAUCACUCGAUAUCAAGGGAUUGGAUGAACACUAAAUGCUCUUCCUGGAGGGCCAGGACCUGGAGACCUGGGUGGUUCCUGAUGGAUCCUGCAUCCAGGUGCUGCCUUCAGCAGGUUCAAGGGGGAACGAGCCAAUCUUGACGUGCACGAAAAGCCCUGUGUGGAAAUGAGGCUGAAAUCCCACAGAAACGGGAAAAUAGAAACUACCUGUGUAUCCAACCCCCGGUUCCGGGUGGGGCAGGAUUGCCCCGGGAUUCCCCCUGGGAUCCCGGGGACUUUUGGGGGAUCUCACUCAUCCCCUGAGCCUGGGGGCCGGGAUGAGCUCCGGGAGGGAGCGGGAGGGAGAAGGCCGUCAGCAAUAACUGUAGUCACUGCGCCUUUCCUUAAUUAUUCCUAAAAAUAGCAUAGAAUAGCCAAAAACCUCCCAAAUCCGCCGGAUUUCUGGUGCCUCAUCGCUGCCUCCUUCGUGGCCGGCACCGAGAUCCCAGCUCCGGCACCGAAAUCCCCUUUUCCAGCACUGAAAUCUCCUUGUCCGGCGCCAGGACUCGGUGCCCAGGACACGUCCCGCCCGCGGGCAGGGCUCGGCGGCGUUCCUGUGGGAAGCGCCUUCAUCCCCAGGAGGGGGAGGAUGGACGCGGUACCCGCGUGUUUCUGCUCCCCCCAGAAAACAAAAAAACAAAAAAAAAACGUGCGCCGGAAAGAAAACGUUUUAUAAAUUGUAUUUUAAAUAAAUGUCUUUAAACUUUU